AUGAGCAAAGCGAAUGAUGAGAACAAGGACAGCGGAGAUUAUAGUGGCGAUUACAGAGGCGAGUAUGACGACCGAGUUGGGGAAAUUCUGACGAGCGCUCUGGACUUCUUCAACAUUCAGGGGUGCCAAAAGGAAGAGGUAAUAAACAGCAUCAAGAAUGAUGAGUGCGCAGUUAAGUUGAUAAACAAGUUUUGUGAAGAUAAUGAAGAUUGUUUAUUUCUAAUUAAUGAAAAGGAGUGUAUCAAAGUGUUUGGUUCCAUCUUAGAUAUUUUCAAAAAACGAAGAUAUGAAAAAUUUUUAAUAAUAUAUAAGACACCUCAACAGAAGAUUUUAUAUUUAGAGAUGAACAGUGAUGCGGAGAAUGUGAUAAGGAGGUUUUUAGAGAUAUUUUUUUCUAAUUUUAUGAAUAAUAAUGAGGAUAUUAAUUCAUCUACUUUAUUAAAAGAAAUGAAAAAAAAAUUUAAUAAUUUUUUACUUAAUUUAAGAAUAAUAUAUGGGGAAAUAGAAGAAAAAUUAACUUUACCAUAUUUACCGUCAGAGGUAAAAGAGGAAAAUGUAAAUACGUUAGAAGAAUAUCUAAUACAUUUUAUCAAAUGUUAUCAUGUAAUUUUAAGGAAUUUUAUGAAUUAUAAAAAAAGAGAUUAUGAAAAUUGUGGUGAGUUUUUAAAUUAUUUGAAAAGUAAAAAUGAAGACAUUAACUUUUUAUACAAUGAAAUAGACAAAGAGAGUUUUAAAAAAAUUAUAAAUAUCAUUUUAGAAAAAAAAAAAAAUUCUAGUUAUAAAAAUAUUAUAGAAAAUAUAAAAAACGAAAUAAUAGAUCAUAAAUCAGAAGUAGCUGAUCUGUAUACUCAUUUAAAACCAGUAAUACAUUUUCUACAAAAGUUAGAAAGUAGUAGACAAGAUGAUAUAGAAAGGAAAAAGGAUUUCAUUAUGCCCAUUGUACAUUCUUUAUCAAAAUCUGUUGAUAAGUCGAAUUAUUUGAUCAAAAAUUGUAAAUUUGUUUUCAACUUUUUAUCCAAAGUUUUGAUUAAUACAUGCAACCAGAAUAUUAAUACUCCGGAAAUUAUCAACUCGAUCUAUAACUGUGUAGAUGUCCUUAAAGGAAAAUUGUAUGCUACCUUGAAUUUCCUCUUGCACUUCUUAUAUCUCUUUAAGCUGUAUAAGGGAAAGAGCAAAAAGUUGCAGUCGCUUCACGAGAUCAACGUCUUCUUCGGUAAGGCCUCAGCUCUCCAUAAUGAUCGCGCCAAAAUAAGUGACCAAACAACCAUCCAAACAAGCAAUAAAAUUGUAGAUCAAAGCAACAAAGAGAGUACUGAAACAAACAACGAAAUUGAGGAGGAAUGCAUAUACUUCCCAUCAGUAAGCUUAUACAUGUACAAACUGAGGCUACUUAUUGAUUAUCUAAAAAUUUACCAAACGUAUAUGAAACUUGAAAAGAUUGAGAUCCCAGGUGAAAAGGGAAAAAAGCUAACUGAAGAGAUACACAAUAUAUGCCGUGAUUUUAACAUAAUUAAUGAAAUAUUUUUAGAUAUAAAUCAUGAAAUAUUAAAUGAAGAAGAAACCAUUUUUAUAAAUAAAUAUAACAGCUUUGAGAGUAAGGUAAAAGAACUAAACAAAAGGUUAAUAUGCGUUUUUGUCUACUCCUUUGACAAUGAUUUGAAAAAGAAUAUUAAGUUGUUAAACUCCUUUCUAAUUCUUCGAGAUAUACAUGCGAUAGAAGUAGAGUUAGUCAGACACACACUACUUCUGUGUCAGGAUCUGAAGAAAGAAUUCGUACUGGUGGACAAUCUGUUCAUAAAAAACGCAACGAUUAUAGAAAACAAUAAAAAGGUGUUCUUAGAAAAUUCGUUCGAAGCAGCAAACGUGAGGAAGGUUGAUGGAAUCGACGAAAGAGAUAUUAACGGUGAAGAAGGUGAAGGCCGCCUUAGUGGCAGUGGUGAAGACUCAAAAGUAAAGGUGUUGUCUACACAAUAUAAAGAAGACUUGGAGGAGAACCUGAAACAACUGAACAUAAACAGAAAUUCUCCCCUUUUCUGCGAAGUAGUAAAUUUAUUUACGUCUUUAUUAAAAAGGGUUGAACAGCAGUAUUUCCCUUUAAGAAAGAUAAUGAAAACACUUAAGAUUCAGAACGAAAAGUCAGAUGAAAUAAAUAGUAUAUAUCGAAAUAUCAGUGAAAAAAUAAGUAAAUAUAUAUCUGAUGUAAGCAAAGAAUGGUUUAGAGAAACUAUAGAUGUUGUUAAUAAUUUCUUGAAUGAAAAUAUAUUUAAAAUAAGAGGAGACAUGUUUUAUGUAAAUUUUCAUCCAUACAUAUUUAUGUUCAUAAAUAAUAUAAAGAAUUUUUUUCUAAAUAAUUUAAGUGUUAAUGAUGAUUGUUUGAAUAUAUAUAACAAGGCUAAUACGUUUAAAAAGUUUAUAAAUAUAUUAAAUAGUAUUACAAAGAAAUACAACAACGUUAUUUCAAAAACUUUGGAUGUAGAAAAAGAAUUGUUCGAAGAAAAGCUAGUCGCUAUUAAGAAAACAUUACUAAGGGGAGUAAGAGAACUAAAAUGGACAGAAAAUCAUAUUUACGAAUAUAUUGAAAUAGUGGAUAAAGACAUGUCAGAAAUUUAUAAUAACAUUUCCACUCUUCACAGUAAUAUAGUUUCUAUAUUGAAUUUAACAAAUAGUUGGAUAAAAAAACCAAUAAUCGAAAAAAGAAAAAAACAUGAAGACAUUUACAGUUAUUUAAAUACAUAUAAAAAUAACCUCUCCGUGUUGAGAGGAAAAUUAAGUGAAGAUUUUAAAAGCAUUAACAUGUAUAUAAAACAGUCUUAUGAUAUUUUGAAAAUAAAAAAAAAUAACAGCAUGUGGAAAAAUUACCUUAAAUUUUUGAAUAAUAUAAUAAUAGACAAACUGAUAGAAUUGACAAACUUUUUAUUUAAUAACCUGUAUGAUGUCAUGAAAUGUACAAAAAAAGAUGAACAGAUAUUUAUUAUAAAAAUUAAUUUUAUAGGAAAUAAACUAAAUAUGGACUUAAAGUUAACAAGUAAGAAAGCAUUUUCUGUAACAAGUAUAUUUUACAAAUGGAUUGAUGACUUUAUGAAUCUUUGUUCAGGGAUCAGAAGAAUAGAUAUCAAAAGUGGAGAUUACAUAAAUGAAAUUCUGCUAAGUUUAAGUGUCAAUCAUAAUAAGAAUAAAAUUAAAAUAUUUUUUGAAAAUACUAUUGAAAAAUGUUAUAAAUAUUUAGAAAGCUUAAAAAAAUAUGAACAUGUUUGGAAUAUUGAUAUAAAAAAAGAAUUCUUAUUGUUUAAACAAAAAAAUGAAAUACUUCUUUAUCCGAACUAUUUUGAAUACAAUAAUAAUUUUCAAGAUUCUUUAAAACUUAUGAAUAUAAAUAUUCUUCAUUCAUUUCCCAAUGUUGUAGUAUAUAAAAAAUUAAUUAUAUCAUUAAAGGAGGAAUUAGUCACUUUUUAUCAUCUGAAAACUUAUGAAUCCAUAAAUUUUGUAUUCUUCUAUUCAGAAAAUUUAGUGGAAAAACUCAUUAACUUUACCAAACAAAAUAUAUCUCUGUACAGUGAGUACUUACAGAACUUCGUCAAGGAUGCUAUAUACGCGAUCAACUCGUUUUAUGAAAAUGUCAUAUCCAACCUUAACGAAAUAGCUGUCGUUGAGUUUUUUGCUAAAAAGGAAGAUGGUAAUGGUAAAAAUACGGCGUCAAAGAGGAGCGUACGAAGCUCUGAUCAAUCCGCCGAAAGUGGUCCAAGGAGCAGCAUUAGCGAUAUUAGUAAUGUAGGUGUUGGUGUUGACGGAGGUGCCGAGAAUACAACCGAGGGUAGGGAAAAAAAAGAGGGGGUGCCGAAAAACGAUGCUUCCGUGAGUGAAAACAGGCAGUCAGAAAUCAUGAACAAAAACAAAGACGUCUUUUACAACCUAAUGAGGAACCUGAGAAGCGUGAAGCUAAGUCGAAAAAUUAUUCCUCUAAUUUUUCAAAAGCUUAAAGAGAUAAUGGAAAAUUUGAAAGAUCUUGACAUAGUAACUAAAUAUAAUGAAGUGCUCGACAAUAUAGAAAAGAACAAAGAAAAAGUAGAAAUACAUUAUAACGAAAUAAAGGAAAAAAUAUUGAAAUAUAAAAAUAACGAAAUUAAAAAUAUCAAAAUGGAAAUCAAAUAUUUUAAAGAAGAACUAAGUAAAUUGAAAAGACAUAUAUUUUCUAAUAUACCUAGUAGUUCUAAGGACAUUUAUUGUAAUCCUUAUGAAAAACUUAAUGAAUUUAGAAAGAGCUAUGAAAUAUAUAAAGAUAAACAAAGAUAUCAUAACGAGUUAGAAAUUCUUUUUGAAAUUGACAUAACAGUAUUUAAUGAGUUAGAUGAAAUAGACAUAAAACUAAGAGAUCUAAAACAUCUGUGGGAUUUAGUAAAUUGUAUUAUCUAUUUUUUAGAAGAAGAAAAGAAAAAAUUAUGGAAAGAUAUAGAUGUCAACAGCAAUAUUUACAUAAUUGAUUUUAUUCUUCUUUACAUUAGAAAGAAUUUUUUUGAGUUAAAACAUUUACCUAUAUAUGAAUAUAUAAUUAAAGAGCUAAAAAAAUUGUCGUCCAUAUUACCACUUCUAGUCGAUCUAAAUAAUGACUGCAUAUUUGACAGACACUGGAAUAUCAUAAUAAAUAUAUCCGGAAGUGUAAACAACUUAUACUCAAAGAGGCGAGGACUUGACAAUAGUAAUAAUUCCAUUCUAAGUGCAUCCUUCAACAGUAAGAGCGGCGAAGACGUGGUACAGGUUAGUGGUGAGAUGAGGAGCGGUGCUGAGGAUAGAGGUGGAGCGAGUGCCGGUGAAUUGAACAAUGAUGAGUUGAACAGAGGUGGAGCUAAUAACAAUGAAACAAGUAGCGGUGUAGGGUAUAGCUACGAAGUGGACGAAGAAACGCACAACAGUGGUGGUGGCAUGAAAAGUGAGGAGGCACAAGGGGUAGAAGGCAGCCACUUAAGUAGUAGAGAAGGUGUAAAUCGAACGAACAGCAUCAGCAGGACAAACAACACAGACAGCAGCGACAGUGGAGUAAGCAACAAGAAUUUCAAAAUUAAAUACAAAGAAUUGACUAUGCAAGGAUUUUUUGACUUAAGGCUAUACAAACACGUGGAUGCAGUUCACGAUGUAAUAGAGCAAGCAAAGAAAGAGAAAAAAAUAGAAAAUAAAAUAAAGGAAAUAAACAUGAUAUGGAAACAGAUGAAUUUUGAAUUUUUAAAAAAGCAAAGUUAUAUUCAAAUAUCUAACAUGGAUAUGAUACUCGAAAUUGUAGAUAUGCACACGUCAGAAAUUUUAUUUUUUAUUAAUCAAAAAAAAUAUAUAUUGUUCAUUCAAGAGACUAUAUUAAAUACGCAGGAAAAUUUGAAAAAAAUAGAUGAAGUAAUUAAUAUAUGGAGAAAAUUUUUGAACAAAUUCGAAAGAUUGCAACCAAUAUAUCUGAACUCUGAAGAUAUACACUCUCAGCUACCUCAAGAGAGUAAAAUGUUUUUUAAUAUAGAAAAUGAAUAUAAAGACAUAAUUAAUAAUGCGUAUGAGCAGAAGAAUGUUUUACAAGUAUGCUUGAAUGAAGAUCUGUUCUAUUUAUUAUGUAAAUUUUUUAAAAAUAUAGAAUUAUGUGAAAAAGCUUUAAACGAUUACCUGGACCAAAAAAAAAAAACAUUUCCACGAUUUUACUUCUUGUCAAACAUUGCUUUGCUGGAUAUACUGAGCAAUGGAAAAAACCCGCUGAAAAUAUUGCCCUAUAUAAAUGAUGUAUUUAAUGCUAUUAAGACGAUUGAGUUUAGGAAAGAGAAUGGAGAUAAUAGUGUUGGGGAAGUGAGUUAUGAACAAAAUAAACCUUUUGAUGCAGAUGACGGGACGAUAGUGGUACACGAGAAAGAAAGCAAAUCGGGGGAAUACAAAGAAUACAUUGCUAAAGGUGUGUAUAGCAUUGAAAAUGAGCAUCUAGAAUUUUUGACAGAACUAAACUUAAAAGGAAAUGUAGAAAAUUAUUUAAAAGAUUUAGAAAAUCACUUAAAAAUAACGAUUAGAAGUAUAUUGGAGAAUGCAAAAAUAAGCUCAGAAAUUUUGGACGAACAGAAUAGAGACGAAACAAUGAUAACAAAUUAUAUCAGUCAAGUAGUGUGUACAUGUAACCAAAUAAUAGUAACAGAAGAAAUAAAUAAAUGUUUUGAUGAGUUAGAAAAUGGAAAUGAGUCUGCUUUUAUAGAUUAUAAGAAGUUAUUAAUUGAAAGGAUAAACAAAUUAAUAAAAUUAGUAGAAAAAACAGAAGACUAUAAUAUCAGAACUAAAUUAUUAUCAUUGAUUAUCUUAGAUGUACACACAAGAGAUGUAAUCAUAUCUUUUAUAAAAAAAAAAAUUUCAGAUAGUACUUCAUUCGACUGGCAAGCACAAUUAAAAUAUUACUGGAUGUAUGAUAAAAAAAUUAAUAAUUAUACAUGUGAAAUAAAAAUAUGUGAUUUUAAAACGAAAUAUUUAUAUGAAUAUAUUGGUAAUUCCGGGAAGCUAGUAAUAACCCCAUUGACAGAUAAAUGCUAUAUUACUUUAACACAAGCUUUAAAUCUAAUACUUGGUGGAGCUCCAGCAGGUCCUGCGGGCACAGGAAAAACAGAAACUACAAAAGAUUUAUCUAAAGCAAUCGGAAUAGCUAUUUUUAUUUUUAACUGUAGUAAUCAAAUGAAUUAUUUUAAUAUGUCACAAAUAUGUAUCGGCUUAUCACAAACAGGUGCAUGGGGAUGUUUUGACGAGUUUAAUCGUAUAAGUAUAGAAGUGUUAUCAGUAGUUAGUACUCAAAUAAAAUGUAUAUUUGAUGCUAUUAAGGAAAAGAAAACAGUUUUUCAUUUUAUAGAUGAUGAAAUAGUUUUAAAAAAAACUUGUGGUUUUUUUAUUACUAUGAAUCCUGGGUAUGCAGGUAGAACAGAAUUACCGGAAAAUUUGAAAAAUUUAUUUAGAUCUUGUUCUAUGAUUGUUCCAGAUAUAAAAUUUAUUUGUGAGAAUAUGUUAAUGUCUUUUGGAUUUAUAAAAGCAAACAAGUUAUCAUACAAAUUUGUAGAGUUAUAUCAACUGUGUAAAGAAUUGUUACAAAAAAAUAUUCAUUAUGACUGGGGAUUACGAGCUGUUAAGGUUGUUCUCAUACAAGCAGGAAAUUUAAAAAGAAAAUAUAGUAAUUUUGAUGAAGAUGUUAUUUUAAUGAAAGCUUUAAAAGAUUUUAAUAUUCCAAAAAUUACUCAUGAAGAUAUUCCUAUCUUUCUAGGGUUAAUUAAUGAUCUGUUCCCUAACGUAGACUGUAAUAUUUUUAAAGAAGAAGAGAACAAUUCUCAGCAGAAUGGGGAUAGACAUUACAAGUCUAACAACCCAGAACAGAGUUAUCAGAACAUUAGUAAUAACAGUAGUAGUACGAAUCAGCAAAAUUUUAGCAAUAUUAAGAAAAAUGAUAUGUCUAAUAACCCCCUUUUUGAAAAUAAUAGCACUGUUGUGAAGGAUUCUAAAAUUGCUGCUCCAGAAGACCUUCAACAUAAUGCCGACGUAGUAAUCAAAAAGGAUAUGAAGAACGAAUAUUUGGACAGUUCUACAAAUGGUGCAAAAGAUAUAAAAAAUGAGGAAGAAAAACAUAUUUACAGUUUUGACGAUGCUAUAAAAAUAUGUAUAAAAGAAGCAAAUUUACAGAUUGACGAUAAUUUUAUUUUAAAGGUUAAACAGCUAAAAGAUCUAAUGGAUGUAAGACACUGUGUUUUUAUACUAGGAGUAGACGGAAGUGGAAAAUCAAGUGUCAUUGAAAUGUUAAUAAAAAGCUUAAACAAAAUAAAUGAAAGUUGCUUAUAUGAAGUUAUUAAUCCUAAAUCUAUUGAAUCUUACGAGCUUUAUGGUUAUUUAACGAAAAAUAAUGAAUGGGUUGAUGGUGCUUUAUCAUCUAUCAUGAGGAAAAUGUCUAGGAAUAUUUUUCCAUAUAAUGAAAACAUAAAACAUAAAAUUACAUUACUAGAUGGUAAUAUAGAUGCAGAAUGGAUUGAAAGUAUGAACACAGUCAUGGAUGAUAACAAAGUGUUAACACUAGUAAGUAACGAAAGAAUUCCUUUUACUAAAGAAAUGCAUUUGUUCUUUGAAAUUACAAAUAUGAAAUAUGCAUCUCCUGCUACGGUCAGUCGAGGAGGUGUUCUUUACAUUAAUAAAGGAGAUAUAAGCUACAAAUUAUUUAUCAGUUCUUGGAUCAAUUUACUUAGUAAUAAUAUUGCAAAAACUGAGUUUUAUUAUCUUUUUAAUAUAUUUUAUACACAAAAUAUUGAAAUGUUAAGAAAGCAAUGCAAAUUUGCUUUUGAACUCUCUAACUUAGAUAUUGUAAAAUCGAUAUGUAAUUACAUUGACUACUUUCUUUUUAAAUAUGAAAAGUAUAUUAACGAGGUCAUAAAAAAAAUUGAAAACAAACAAAAUGAAGAAAACAAUUUCCUCAACAGUGAAGAACUGAACGAAGAGUUGUCUUCUUCGAGUACGUUAAAGAAGGACAAAGACAUUGCUGAUACAGAGGGAGGUGCAGAAGAGCCAGGAGGAAUAGACAAAAGGAAGAAAAGAAAUGAGCAGAAAAAUGGGCAAAAGAACGAAAAAAAGGUCCCUUUAAAGGAUGAACUGGUUGAAGAAAACGCAACACAAAGCAGUAGUAAUAAUAAUAAUAAUAGCAGAAGCAACGGAGGCAAGAAUAGGGGCACGUUAAGUGGGGAAAACAGUACAAAUACGAAAGAGAGCGCUUUAAACAGUGAAGACAAAAAUAUUAUCAACAAAAUUAAUUACAACUACGAAAUACUUAAGGAUUAUUACAACUGCUUUUUUAUGAAUGCGUACAUGUGGGUUCUGAACAAUUUAAUAGUAGAUGAUAAAAUUAUGAACGCAAAAAAUACUUUUAGUAAUAAUAUAAAAACAAACUUAAAAGUUAAGAUGGGUAAUGACUACUGCUGCAAUUACAUUUACAAUAUAUAUGAGAACAGCUGGAAACAUUUGAGUGAGUACUUGGAUGAAGACAUUUUAUAUUUGCAGAAUUUGAAAUGGCAAUCAAGUGAAUAUGACAAUGAUACAAAGGGGUAUGAGGAUAGCCAGGUGACCGCAGAAGAGGAGGUGGACGAAGGCGAUGAAGGCGAUACGGACGAUCAGCUGGGUGAGCAACUUGUUGGACAGUCAGAUGAACAGAUGGAUGAAAAGACUAAUGGGGAAUACUCCGAGGAAAAGGAAAAAAGGAAAAGGAAAAAAAUGAAAAAAAAUAAUAAGAAGAAGCAGCAGAAGAAAAAGAAGAAAAAAAAAAGUAUAAAUAACUAUAUUGAGAAUAUGCUUCCACAUAACUAUGACGAAAUAUAUAUUAACACAAUAGAAUUAAUAAGGAUCGAAAAAAUGAUAAAAUAUUCGCUAGAAAGGAAUAAGCCAAUAUUGGUUUAUGGUAAUAAUGGUACAGGAAAAACUAAAUGCAUAAAGAAUAAUAUAAAUAUGAAUAUUGAAAAAUUUACACAUACAAUAAUAAGUGUUAAUUAUUAUACUAAUUCUUUUGCUUUACAAAAAAUAAUUGAAAAUAAUGUAGAAAAGAGAAACACAAGAACAUAUGGUCCACCAAAUCAAAAAAAGCAUAUAUUUUUUUUGGAAGACUUAAAUAUAACUGCAAAAGAUAACUGUGAUACACAACAGACAUUAGAAUUUUUACGUCAAUUAUUAACCUAUAAAUUAAUAUAUGAUAGGGAAAGUUUAGAUGAAAAGAAGUUUAUUCAUGAUAUAUUAUUUAUAGGUACUAUUAACAAUAACACAAACAAAUUUAUAGAUAAAAGAAUACAGAAUAAAUUUAAUAUUAUAAACAUUGAUGAUAUAAGUUUUAAAACAUUUGAAAAUAUAUAUAAAAUAAUACUAAAACAACAUUUACUUAAAUUUGAUGACACAAUUAAAGGCUUACUAAAUAAUAUGAUCUCAUUUUCGUAUGACUUGUACAGUAAUAUUACAGAAAAUAUAUCUUUCAACUUAUCAAAUUUUGCACCACAUUAUUUAUUUAAUUUAAAUGAUAUACAUACUGUAUUUUACAAUAUAAUUAAGUCUACAAAUCCAGAUAUAUAUAACAACAGGUUUAAAAUGUUAAUGAUUCUUUUUCAUGAAACCCAACAUGCAUAUAUAAAUAAAUUAAUAUCAAAUGAGCAUAUAAAUAUAUUUACUCAAAUAUUCAACAAAUUAGUACAACAGUAUUUUCCCUUUUUUAAAGAUGAUUUUGAAAAACACAGACUUAUUUUUGAUUCCCCCAGCGAAAAGGAAAGGGUAAACUCAUUAUCAAACCAGUUUAUUCCCCUAACGUCUUACAAUGGGAAAAGCUCAAUGGGAGUAGUAACAGAGGGGGAAGAGGCGGAUGAGGGUGUAGCCCAGGAGGACAUUGGCACAGAUAAUUUAGGAAUCAGCAGCAAUAAUAUAAUCAAUGGUGGUAUAACCGGUAGUGGUAGCGAUUGUGGAAGUGACCGUGCCAGUGAGAAGGGAAAGAAUAAAGACGUACGUGGGAACGGGAACCCCAGAUUGCAGGUGGGAAAUUACGAAACGAGCAAGGGAAUGAACAGUUCAACAAAUAAGGGAGUGGAGAGGGAGAAAAGUAGUGGUAUAUAUGAUCUAAGCAAAAACAUUUUUACCUCCUUCAUAUCAGUGAGGAAUGGUCUAGAUAAAAUGUAUUUGAAUGUUAAAAAAUUUUAUAUAUUAAAAGAAGUGUUGAGCGAAAAGUUGAAUGAAUAUAACAGCACACAUGUAGAAUUGCCUUUAGUUUUAUUUGAUUAUGCUAUAAUACAGAUAUGUAAAAUGUGUAGAAUUUUAGACUUUAAUGUGUCUCAUCUAAUGUUAAUUGGUUUUGGUGGCUCAGGUAAACAGUCGCUUGUAAAAUUAAGUAUCUUUAUAAACUCACUAAAUUUACUUAGUAUAUCGACAAAUAAUAAUUAUGAUGUAAAUAAUUUUAAGGCAGAUAUGCAAGAAUUUCAUUUAAAAUGUGCUAUAAAACCAGGAAAUGUACAUGUCCUUUUACUAAAGGAAAAGGAUAUAUCAGAUUCAUUUUUGCCAUAUAUAAAUGAUUUAACAUCCACUGGUUUAUGCAAUGAUUUAUUUUCGAAAGAUGAAUACCUUGGUAUUUUUUCUUCAAUUCGUAAUCAAAUAAAAUAUUUAAAUAUAGGAGAAAGUAAUGAAGACGUAUUUAAUUAUUAUAUAAGUAAAAUAAGAAAGAAUUUUAAAAUAGCCAUUACCCAUUCACCAAUAAGUAAUUUAUACAGAGAUAGAUUAAUUAAAUUCCCAUCAUUCCUGUCUAAUUUUUGUUUUAUUUAUUUUUUGCCAUGGCCAUAUGAAGCUUUAGUCAAUGUUUCUAACAGAUUUUUGAAUGAUGUAGAAAUUAAUAAAGAAUUAAAAAAAAAUAUUUGUGAACAUAUGGCAUAUGUACAUACAAGUACAAAUGAAAUGAACAAAAAAUAUUUGGAGAAAAAAAACAGAUACAAUUAUGUAAUUCCAAAAACAUUCCUUGAAUACAUAUAUUUUUAUAAAAAUUUAUUACACGUUAAAAAUCACGAAAUUGAUAAGUCAGUUGAAAGAUUAAAUAAAGGUCUCUUGGCACUAACAAGUACAAGAGAAAAUGUGCAGGUGUUAAAAAAAGAAAUCGAAAUAAAAAUAACGAAUAUUGAAGAGAAAAAAAUCGAAGUGAAUGAUAUCUUAAACAAAGUAAAAGAAGCAACAGAAGUUACAAAUAAAGAACAACAAAUCGUAAAUGAAGAAAAGAAGAAGACAGAAGUAUUUACUAAAGAAGCUAUCGAAAUUCAGGUAAAAGCAGACAAAGAAUUAAGUGAAGCUUUACCUAUAAUGAAUAAAGCAAAAGAGGCCGUUAACUGUAUAACUAAAUCAGCUAUACAAGAACUGAAAUCUUUACAAAACCCUCCUAAGGAAUGUCUAGAUGUCACCCAUGCUGUGUUAAUAGCAUUAAAAGAAAUAAAAAAUUAUUCAUGGAAAUUUGCUCAAAAAAUUAUGAACAAUCCUACUCAAUUUUUAAGUAAAUUACAAAAAUUUGAUGCAGAAAAUAUGGAUGAAGAGACAGUCAACUUGUUAACCCCAUUUAUUGAAAAAAAGUUUUUUAAUUAUGAAAUGAUGAAAACCAAGUCUUCUGCGUGUGCAUAUUUAGCAUUAUGGCUAGUUAAUAUUGUAAAAUAUAAUGAUGUAUACAAAAAAGUGAAACCUUUAAUGGAUAAGUUGCAAGAAGCAACAAAUAAUAAAAAUAAUGCUCAAGAAAAAUUAGAUCAACUGGAAAACAAAGUGAAAGAACUAACAGAUAGUGUAGAAAAAUUAAGAAAAAAAAUGAAUGAAGUUAAUGAAGAAAAAAAUAAUGUAAUCAAAAUAUAUAAUGAAUCAAAAGAUAAAUUAAACAGAGCUGAAAAUCUUGUCAAUAUGUUAUCUGAUGAAUAUUCUAGAUGGUCAGACGAAAUUGCUAUCAUUAUAUCGAAUAAAAAAUAUAUAUAUGGUGACUGUUUAUUGCUUUCUUCAUUUAUCACUUACUUAGGAGUUUUUUCUAGCUCUUUUAGAGUAAAAUUAUGGAAAAAUUUAUGGUUAGAACAUAUUAAAAAAAGUAAUAUUCUUAUUAAUAAUAUUACAUCCCCUAUUGAUAUAAUGGUACAAGAUAUACAAAUAGCUACAUGGAAAAAUGAAAAAUUGCCUGAAGAUAAAAUAAGUAUAGAAAAUGCUCUAAUAGUAAGUACUUGUUAUCGAUGGCCUCUGUUAAUAGAUCCACAACUACAAGGAUUAAAAUGGCUAAAGGUAAAGGGAGGAGACAAUAUUACAUGCUUACAGUUCAACUGUGAAAAUUUUAUUAAAAAAAUUAAAAAUAUUAUUACAAAAGGAGGGUAUCUAAUAAUUGAAAAUAUAAGUGAAGAGAUUGACAACGUUAUAGAUGGUUUACUCAAUAGAGAAUUUAUAAAAAAAGGAAAUGACACUUAUGUCAAAAUUGAUAAUGAGGAAAUGCUCUUCAACUACCCAAACGCUAUUAGCAGGAUUUCAAAAAUUCAGUCGUUCUUUGAAAGUACCUCGAGUUCAAAUGCAAAUGCGAAUGCAAACGAAAAUGGAAAUACAAACGUUAACGCAAACAUGAACACCAAUGUGAGUGCGGAUACGAGUGUAAGCCCUACUUCUGGUAACAAAAAUAAUGGGAACACUGAAAAUCAAGAUCAGUUCAACAGUGACCUAGACAUGAAUUACAAAAACUACAACCAGAAGCAAAACUCGCAAGGCAAUAUUAAUAAAGCUUUUUCUAAUGAAAAUUUAGCAAAAGUAAAUUUUUUUAAUCUUGUCUUGCAAACUAAAUUAAGUAAUCCUCAUUUCAAACCUGAGGUUAAUAGUCAAUGCACGCUGAUCAAUUUUAGUGUUACAUGUGAAGGUUUAGAAGAACAAAUUUUAGCUAUUAUUGUUAAUAUAGAAAAACCAGAAUUAGAAAAACAAAAACAAAUUUUAGUUAAAAAUAGAAAUGAGUAUAAAAUUAUUUUAAAUAACUUGGAGGAUGAAAUAUUAUAUCAACUUUCAACUGUUGAGUCAUCUACAAUUAUUGAUAACAUCUCCUUAAUCAACAGUUUAAAAACUACUAAAGACACAUCUAUUAACAUACAAAGGCAAGUUGCAGAUUCUAUCAAUACUGAAAAUGAAAUAAACAAAACGAGAGAAUUAUAUAGAACGCUUGCUAAUGAAGCAUCCAUCGUUUAUUUUAUUUUAAUUCUUAUGCACAAUAUUAACUAUAUGUAUCAGUAUUCUCUAGAUUCCUUCAUAAGCUUGUUGCUUAAGUCUAUCGAAGCCGUUCACAAUGCUAAUAGUGUAAGCAGCGGCGGUAGUGGUAAUAACAACAGUGGAAACGAUGGAAAUGACUACAAAGAUGCUAGCCAAAAAAGUAGUAAUGAUAUUAGCUCUUCAAGUAGCAGCAAACUAGAGUCCUUCAACAACACGGAUAUGAUCACUAUAAACAGACAGGAUAAUAAUAAAUUUUAUGACUCAAAAUCCUAUUUGAAUGAUGGUCGUGGUGAAAAUGAUAAAGAUGAUAGUACUAAUGGAGCAUCGAAUAGUAUUUAUGAUGAACAUAUGAAUAAAUUAAUUAUCUCUUUUAGAAAAACUAUAUAUUCAUGGAUUAAUAGAGGGUUACUAGAAAAAGACAAACUACUGUUUAACUGCAUAUUCGUUUUUAAACUAUUAGAAAAAAAAAAAAUUUAUGAUAAAGAUUUCAAUAUGGAUUACUUGAACUUUUUCUUAAAACCUCCAAAAGGUAAAGGAAUAAACGAGAACCCAUUAAAAGAAUGGUUAAGUGACGAUUGUUGGGAAAAUAUUUUAUUAUUAUCAAAAUUUAAAGAGUUUGAAAACUUGUCGAAUAAUAUUCAUAUAGAUGCUCAGCACAAAUUUAAACAAUGGUGUUCAGAAAUUCAACCAGAAAUAUGUAAAUUACCAUUGGAAUGGAAAAAACUAAAUAAUUAUUCCUUUAAAAAAUUAUUAAUAAUUAGAUCCUUACGACCAGAUAGAAUUACAGUUACUUUAGAAAAUUAUAUUAGAAAUAUACUACCAAACAGUGAAGAAAUUAUGGAAAAAAAAAAUUCCUUUGUUGAUACCUUAGAAUCCUCUUACAAUUUUAUGGUUAAUUCUACACCUAUUCUAUUUAUUUUAACCCCAGGUUCUGAUUUUAUAAAGUACGUAGAAUUAUUAGGAAAAAAAUAUAAAUUUUAUUUAAAUCACAAUUUACAUGUAGUAUCAUUAGGACAAGGUCAAGAAUCUAUAGCUUUAUCAAAACUUGAGUUAUCACACAAAGAAGGACAUUGGAUUGUUCUUGAGAAUAUACAUUUAAUGGCUAAGUUUAAUUUAAUUUUAGAAAAUGUAAUAGAUAAAUAUUCUACAGAAGGGUCUCAUCCAAAUUUUAGGUGUUUCUUAACAUCAGAAAUUACUACUAAUAUUCCUAUUAGUAUCUUAGAAAGAUCUAUAAAAUUAACAAAUGAAGCUCCGACAGGUUUUAAGGAGAAUUUAAAAAGAGCUUUCACUUUUUUUUCCCCUGAUGAUUAUGAAGAAAAAGAUAUAAGAACAAAAAAUAUUUUAUUUUCUUUAUGUUAUUUCCAUUCUAUCAUAGUAGAAAGAGCAAAAUUCGGUGCAGAAGGAUUUAAUAUCAAAUAUCCAUUCAGUUUAAGUGAUCUAAGAGAUAGUGCAAAAGUGUUAUUUAAUUACUUAGAUAAUCAAAAUUCUAUAAAAGUACCAUGGAAUGAUUUGAAAUAUAUUUUUGGGGAAAUCAUGUAUGGUGGUCAUAUAGUCAAUGAUAAAGAUAUGUUAAUAUGUAAAACUUAUUUAAAUUACUUCAUGAAAGAACAGUCGUUAGAAGGAAUGCAACUAAUUCCGUUUUCAAAAAAUAUACAGUUAUUCAGUCCAAAUAACUAUUCUUAUGAUAAAAUUUUAAAAUAUAUUGAUACUCAAAUUGUGGUAGAAUCAUCCAUAUUAUAUGGUCUAAAUCAGCAUGCAGAAAUGAAUUUUAGAACAAAUGAAAGUAUAAAAUUGUUAAAAAAUAUUUUAAAAUUAAAACUUAAAGAAACAUCUACUUUUGUGGAAGAAUUAACAACAGGGGAAACAAUAGAAAUAAAGACAUCUAAUAUUUUAUCUGAAAUUUUAAAUGAAAUAGAUAAUGUGUUUUUUAAUGUUGAAGAGUUAAUGAAAUCCAUACCAGAUGAUCAAAUUACCCCUUUACAAUAUUUUCUAUUUCAAGAAUGUACUUUAAUGAAUACUUUAACAAGUGUAAUGAAAAGUUCUUUAAAAGAAUUAAGUUUAGCAAUUAAAGGGGAAAUUAAUAUGAAUAGUAAAAUUGAGAGUCUUAUGAAUUCUUUGUAUAAAGAUAAAUUACCUGAAUUAUGGAAAAAUAAUUCUUAUUCUAGUAAUAGGAAUUUAUCUUCUUGGGUAAACAAUCUAAAGGAAAGAAUUACCUUUUUAUCUGAUUGGUUUAAUGAUCCUUUAUCAACACCUAAAGUUUUUAAUAUCUCCUUACUGUUCAACCCUAAUAGCUUUUUUAGUGCGAUUAAACAAAUAUUAUCUAGAAAUGAAAAGUGCGAAUUAGAUAAAAUUAUUAUGCAAAUUGAAGUAACUAACAAAUCGUUGAACAACAUUCAUUCUUACCCUAAAGAAGGGGCUUAUAUAUAUGGUUUAUAUCUAGAUGGUGCAAAUUAUGAUGUAGAAAAAAACACCUUAUGUGAUUCAUCAUCAAAACAAAAAUAUUUUCUAAUGCCCGUUAUCCACUGCAAACCUAUUGUUAGCAUGGGUAAAAUUGAAACCGACGUUUAUGAAUGCCCUGUGUAUAAAACAUUAUCUAGGGGCCCUACUUAUGUAACAAAUAUAAAAUUAAAAACAAAAGAAAGCUCUGAAAAGUGGAUUUUAGCAGGUGUUGCAUUAAUUCUUGAUAUUGCUGAUGACUGA